AUGGGUCUUUUGAAUGAUCUCUUUAACUUCAAUCGCGAAGCGCAUCAUCGCGCUGCAAUCGAACGUCGCCGACUGCUUCCUACUCACGCCAACGACGAAAGUCAAUCAUUAGAGUCCUCCAAGGAGAUCGCCAAGGUUGCUCUGCGACUGAAAUAUCAAAUUGAACAAGUCGUCUCCUGUGAGGUCGACGAGAGCGUCCUCACCGACCCCAACAGUCGGAUCAUCUCCCAGGAUGUAAUCGAAACAGCUAGGCGGGCCGGCGGUGAGGACUACGGAGCCUGUGUGGUAUUCUGUCUUCUUGUCUGUCUGCGAUGGUUCAAAAUGCAGUCCAAUAUCGAGCUGUGGGACGCUGAUCUCCAUCUCCGAAGAGCUGUGGCCUGUGAGGUUAUCGCCAAGCGCAUCAUCGAGAGUGAACCGGAUCAAGACUUUCUGCUCAAGAAUAUCCUGUUGAAGCGCUACUCUAUCUUCACCGAGGGAGAGACGACUGCCCCCGCCAAUGUCAUCGAGCGCUCCGUUGAUCUCCAUGCCCUGAGAGUCAUCGGCUCCGCUGGGUACCAGAAAUGCAUUCAAUAUCUCUGGCGCGGCUGGAUUUGUCAGGAAGAGGGGAAUCCGACUAAUUUUGUGGAAUACAAGGACAAAUCUAGCACUGAUUACUGGGUUCAUUUCCAUCCAGACCGGAUGAGGACCCCUUUAUACCAGAAUAUCUGUCAGAUACUGUUCUCGCUGCUCUACCUUGCCUUAUACACGGCCGUCAUCAACACUGUCAACCCAACUGGAGACUUGGACACUGCGGAGUGUAUUCUCUACGGAAUGACUCUCGCCUUCAUUUGUGACGAGGCGUCUAAGUUUUGGAAGGUGGGAACGAAUUACCUUGAGUUCUGGAAUGCCUUCAACUCGACCCUCUACGCGUUGCUUGUGAUCUCGUUUGUGCUGCGUGUCGUCGCUUUGGCACAUUCCUCAUCCACUCAUGACGCAGAACGGCAGCUCUACAACGGCAUGAGUUACAACUUCCUUGCUUUCUCUGGCCCGAUGUUCUGGAUGCGCAUGAUGCUCUACCUCGACUCCUUCCGAUUCUUCGGUGCCAUGUUUGUGGUGUUGCGGGUCAUGAUGAAAGAAAGUAUCAUUUUCUUCGCUUUGCUCUUCGUGGUUCUCGCUGGUUUCUUCCAGGCGUUUAUCGGUAUGGCUCAGGUCGAUAGUGAUAUCGAUAUGACCAGGCCUAUCAUUCAGGGUAUGGCCAAUAGUGUCAUGCAGAGCCCUGAAUUCGAGACUUUCCAGGAUUUUGCUUUCCCCUUUGGCAUCAUUCUCUACUAUGUGUUUAACUUUGUUGUCAUGAUUGUUCUGUUGAAUAUUCUCAUUGCACUUUACAAUAGCGCAUAUGAGGAUAUCUCCGGCAAUGCCACCGAUGAGUACAUGGCAAUCUUUGCUCAGAAGACCAUGCAAUUCGUGCGGGCUCCAGACGAGAAUGUUUUUAUCCCACCUUUCAACCUGAUCGAGAUCAUAUUCCUGGUCGCUCCAUUUGAGUGGUGGCUCUCGCCCAGCCGCUACGCCAAGCUCAAUGACAUUAUCAUGGGCGUGCUCUACUCGCCUCUACUCGUGUUGACUGCUUGGAUCGAAACUCGCCAGGCCAAUCGGAUCAGAUGGAAUCGACGACACGGGGAAGAAGACGAUGACUGCGAGCAGGAGUGGGAGCAUGUGGCCGAAGACGUCAGUUUCGAUCUUGAUGAUACCUGGAAGGAGGAGGUCAAGCAGAGUACGCCGGAUAUCAGGGUGGAUAAUUGCACUCUGGAGGUUCGGCAGCUGAAGGAGCAGGUUGCCGCGUUGACAGAGCUGGUGAAGAGGCUCGCCGAGAAGACUGAGGGAAUGGAUGGGGCCAGGGAUGGCUGGGGCCCACCAUUACAUAAGCGCCUAGCGCGUCGGGGCGGCGAACCCUCUGGAAACCAAAAUUGUAUCGAAGGUGGCUUCUUCCAUCUGGACAUUUCCCACUUGGAUGACUUUCUUGUGUGGUCUCUGCAUGCGCUCUUAAGUCGCUCUCUAUUGGACCCUGAUUGUGGUCACCCAGUUGCCAAAAUGGCAAAACUCGCAGAUGACCCCCAGAUCCAAUAUGCGUCCCUGCAUAACCCUCUUCCACUCCAAUUGCAUACCUACGUUUGGCCAUUCUUGAUAAUUUGGCCCGUGUUCUUCGCUUUUUACCUCUCCCCUGAGCGCUAUGAUACCUAUAUUCAGGGUCAAGAAUGGACCUUCGUCUUCGCGGGGUCCAUCAUCACCGCCCAGUCGCUCCUGUGGUUGAUGACCAAGUGGAACAUCAACAUCAACACUCUGUUUACUUCCACUCGCGCCAAGUCCGUCGACACUGCCCAACUGAUCAAGAUCAUUCCCAUCACCAACGCCGGCUCCGCCGAGAUAUGCCCGCUCAUUCGCGACAAUUCCGGCGGCAAGAAGACCAUCUCGUUCCUGUUCCAGAAGCGUCGUUUCCUUUUCUACCCUGAUACUGGCUCCUUUGCCCCGCUGUCCUACGCUCUUGAUGCCGAGCCCAAGCCAGCCCUGAAGGAAUUUCAGCAGAGUACGGGUCUCUCUACCAAGGCCGAGAUUGACCGUGUGCAGCACUACUAUGGCGAUAACACUUUCGAUAUUCCCGUUCCUACUUUCGCCGAGCUCUUCCAGGAGCAUGCCGUGGCGCCGUUCUUCGUGUUCCAGGUGUUCUGCGUUGGAUUGUGGAUGCUGGACGAAUAUUGGUACUACUCGCUGUUUACUCUCUUCAUGCUGGUCGCCUUCGAAAGCACUGUCGUUUGGCAGCGCCAGAGAACUCUUAAUGAGUUCCGUGGAAUGAACAUUAAGCCCUACGAUGUGUGGGUGUACCGCGAGAACAAGUGGGAGGAGAUCACUAGCGAUAAGCUGCUUCCCGGUGACCUGAUGUCCGUCAACCGCACCAAGGAAGAUGGUGGUGUCGCUUGCGAUAUCCUUCUGAUCGAGGGAAGCGUUAUCGUUAACGAGGCAAUGCUUUCUGGAGAGAGUACCCCUCUUCUCAAGGAAUCGGUUCAGCUCCGACCUGGCGAGGAUUUGAUCGAGCCCGAUGGAUUGGACAAGAACUCGUUCGUGCACGGAGGUACCAAGGUCCUUCAGGUUACCCACCCCAACUCCAAUGGAGAAGACAUCUCGAAGAGCUUGCCCAAGGGUGUCACUGCGCCUCCGGACAACGGUGCUGUCGGUAUUGUUGUGAAGACUGGCUUCGAGACCAGCCAAGGUAGCCUGGUGCGGACUAUGAUCUACUCCACUGAGCGUGUUUCUGCCAACAACGCGGAGGCUUUGCUAUUCAUUCUCUUCCUCCUGAUUUUCGCAAUUGCUGCCUCAUGGUACGUCUGGCAGGAGGGUGUGCAGAAGGAUCGUAAGCGUUCUAAGUUGCUUUUGGACUGCGUUCUCAUCAUCACGAGUGUUGUUCCUCCCGAGCUUCCUAUGGAGCUGAGCCUGGCUGUCAACACCAGUCUCGCAGCUCUUAGCAAGUUUGCGAUUUUCUGCACGGAGCCUUUCCGCAUUCCAUUCGCUGGCCGUGUUGAUAUUGCUUGCUUCGAUAAGACCGGUACUCUGACUGGAGAAGACCUAGUGGUCGAUGGCAUUGCUGGGCUCACUUUGGGCCAGGCUGGUGCUACCGUUGAAGCCGAUGGUGCCCACACAGAUCUGUCGAAGGCAUCUGCUGUUAGUCCUGACACUACUCUUGUGCUUGCUAGUGCCCACGCCUUAGUGAAGCUGGAUGAGGGUGAGGUUGUUGGUGACCCCAUGGAGAAGGCUACUUUGCAGUGGCUUGGCUGGACCCUGGGCAGAAACGAUACCCUUACUUGCAAAGGAUCCGCCCCAGUUAUUGGGUCUCGUCCCGUUGAGUCUGUUCAUGUUAAGAGAAGAUUCCAGUUCUCCUCCGCCCUUAAGCGCCAGAGCACUAUCGCUACCGUCACCACCUUCGAGCCCAAGACCUCCAAGAAGAGCAAGUCCACUUUUGUUGGUGUGAAGGGUGCUCCCGAGACUAUCCAGACCAUGCUUGUCAACAUUCCUCCCAACUACGAGGAGACGUUCAAGCACUUCACCCGCAAUGGUGCUCGUGUCCUCGCUCUCGCAUACAAGUAUCUCUCCACUGAAUCAGAGCUGUCUCAAGGCCGUGUGAACAAAUAUGUUCGUGAAGAAAUUGAGUCCGAGCUGAUCUUUGCUGGUUUCCUGGUCCUGCAAUGCCCCCUCAAGGAGGAUGCCAUCAGCUCUGUCCGCAUGCUGAACGAAAGUAGCCACCGUGUCGUCAUGAUUACUGGUGACAACCCAUUGACUGCCGUCCACGUUGCCCGUCAAGUUGAAAUUGUGGAUCGUGAGGUUGUUAUUUUGGAUGCCCCCGAGCACGACAACACCGGAACUAGACUUGUCUGGCGUACUAUCGACGACAAGUUGAAUACUGAUGUCGACCCGACCCAGCCCCUGGACCCGGAGAUUCUGAAGAACAAGGAUAUCUGUGUCACUGGUUACGCUCUGGCCAAAUUCAAGGACCAGAAGGCUCUCCCUGACUUGCUUCGUCACACCUGGGUUUAUGCUCGCGUGUCUCCUAAGCAGAAGGAGGAGAUCCUUCUCGGCCUGAAGGAUGCUGGCUACACUACUCUCAUGUGUGGUGACGGUACUAACGAUGUCGGUGCCCUAAAGCAAGCCCACGUCGGUGUUGCUCUUCUGAACGGUUCGCCUGAUGAUCUGACCAAGAUCGCUGAGCACUACCGGAUCACCAAGAUGAAGGAGCUGUACGAGAAGCAGGUCGGCAUGAUGCAGAGGUUCAACCAGCCUGCCCCUCCAGUGCCCGUGCAUAUUGCCCACCUCUACCCUCCUGGUCCUGGCAAUCCGCACUACCAGAAGGCCAUUGAGAGAGAAAUCCAGAAGAAGGGUGCUGCUGCGGUCGCUGCUGCCGCUGCCGCUAAGCCUGGCGAAGAGAUCCCGACAAUUACCUCGCCUGGUGCCCAAGCGCUGCAGCAAGCAAAUUCCAACUUGACUCCUCAGCAACAGCGCCAGCAGCAGGCCCAGGCUGCCGCCGCCGGUCUUGCUGAUCGUCUGACUUCGUCUAUGUUGGAGGCCGAGUUGGAUGAGAGUGAGCCUCCCACCAUUAAGCUGGGUGAUGCUUCCUGUGCUGCUCCUUUCACCAGCAAGUUGGCCAACGUCAUCGCUAUUCCGAACAUUAUCCGCCAGGGUCGUUGCACAUUGGUCGCCACGAUCCAGAUGUACAAGAUUCUUGCUUUGAACUGCUUGAUUAGUGCAUACAGUUUGAGUGUCAUCUACCUCGAUGGUAUCAAGUUCAGUGAUGGUCAGGUUACUAUCAGUGGUAUGAUGAUGAGUGUCUGCUUUUUGUCCAUCUCUCGCGCAAAGUCUGUUGAGGGUCUCUCCAAGGAGCGCCCCCAGCCGAAUAUCUUCAACGUGUAUAUCAUUGGCUCCGUCCUUGGUCAAUUCGCCAUCCAUAUCGCGACUCUGAUUUACUUGACCCAAUACGUCUAUAAGAUCGAGGCGAGAGAAGAUAAUAUCGAUCUCGAGGGCGAGUUCGAGCCAUCCCUUCUUAACAGCGCCAUCUACCUGCUCCAGUUGAUUCAGCAAAUCUCGACGUUCUCCAUCAACUAUCAAGGCCGUCCUUUCCGCGAGUCUAUCCGUGAGAACCGGGCUAUGUACUGGGGUCUGGUCGCCGCCACCGCUGUCGCUUUCUCCUGCGCCACUGAGUUCGUGCCUGAGAUCAAUGAAAAGCUGCGUCUGGUUCCUUUCAGCACCGAAUUCAAGGUCACCCUCACUGUGCUGAUGAUCCUGGACUACGGCGGUUGCUGGCUGAUUGAGAACGUUCUCAAGAACCUGUUCAGUGACUUCCGUCCUAAGGAUAUCGCUAUCCGCCGCCCUGAUCAACUGAAGCGUGAAGCUGAACGCAAGGCCAAGGAGACGGCUGAGGCUGAGGCUGAGAAGGAGCAGCAACGGAAGGCCUAG